AACUCCGCACCAGUGCCUGCCUGCAGCCUCUCAUGGGAGCAGAAGCUCCAACGGAAAUCCCCUUGCUAAGGCUGUGACAGGAUUAUAGUCGGUCGCUCAUACGCAGGACUCCUGCGGCUGGAGAGCUAAUUAUCAUCUUCCUACGGUUGUUAUAUAUUCUUGAUAAUGCCCAAAGAGCUUCCAGGGUUCUACUAUGACUCGGAGAAGAACAGGUAUUUUCCUGUCAAGGGACCAAUCCCUGGCUCUUCCAGGAAACGGAAAUCUCCUCCACCGGCCUCCACUGCGAAGGAAAAAGAUGAACAUAAGAGCUUGAAAAUCAGAAGUAAUACUCUUCUCCAGGGUAGGGAAUUGUGUGGCCAGUUGAUAACUAACAGGAAAGGGAAGUUCAGUUUUCAAAUGGAAUACCAGAAGAGACGAGCUUCACAACCUAAGAUUUGGAAGUAUCUUGACACAGAAAGAAUUGUAGAUAAUGCAAUGGAGCAGACAACAGUUGGUGUUGAAAGUCCGCAGGGCAUUGUCAAAACAGAGAUUUUGGUGACCGGCAGUUCGAAUGGGCUAUUUUGUCUUUUUGAAGUAGGAAGGGAUGAUGAAGAAGAAGAAAUUAAUGAUGGUGUAAUGCUACUGCCAGAUCGUGUAUGGCCAUCUGGUUCUGCUAACUCUAAAGGGUACAUCCAAUUACCAUGGCUUGCAUGGAGAAGUCUAGGAUCCGAUCUACAUAUUUCACCUGCUAUUUCCUGCAUAAAGAUGUGCCAGAGGGAUCGUCAUCCAGUUGAAAAUACUUCUUUAAAUCACGCACUUGUAACCACCCUGGGGUCUGAAAUAUCUGGUGGAACAGUCUAUAUUCUGAACCUCAGUGAACCAGUUGAUUUAAAUCCAUUUCUGGUGCAGAGGCCAAUGUCUCGAGUUGCCUCUUUUGACUAUACAGUUUGGACAGCAGACUGCACCUUUGAUGGAAGUCGAGCAGUGAUAGGCACCAAUAUGGGAGCUGCUCUGGUAAAUGUGGAUACUGGAUUGACAUCAUGGAUUUGUCGCUGUAAAAGUGAUGUUCUAUCUUUACAAUUAGAUCAAUCGGGUAAUAUCGCUUUGUGUGGGCUGAGGAAUGGAACAAUUUUAUCUGUUGAUGCUCGCCAAAGACCUCAGAAUUUUUCUGUUAGACUUCCUAAGCACCAGAUUCCUUCCCAUCCUCACAAUAUUUCAAGUGGACGAUCUAAGAAAUUUCACCUGGAACAAUUCCCGGUCAAAGGGAACUUAUGCAGUUCUGAUACAAUAUCUAUGCCAUCAUCUAUUUCUUGUAUUGCGUCCCUGGUGCUGUAUGAUCAGUAUUUCUUGGCAAGCUCCAUGGAUGGAUCGAUCAACUUAUAUGAUAAUCGGCUAACUCAGAGAGGAGCUAUGCAAUCUUAUGAAGGCAAUGUCAAUUCUCAUACACGCAUACAGCUAGGAGUUGAUCCAUCAGAGAGCAUUGUCAUGUCCGGCGGAGAGGACUGCUACUUGCGGCUUUGGAGUAUCAAAUCUGGCGAAUUGUUGUUCCAAGAAAAAUUCAUGGAUACAAUCCCCUCCGUACUAUGCUGGCCUGGAAUGGAAGGGAUUCACGGUUUACGGAGUAGGACACAAGGGGCUUGGCUUGGAUCCAAAGAAGGCCUAUUUCAUAUUGGCUGGCCCUGAUUUAAGUUCCUUUGAGGUUUUGGUAUCUCAAAUUUCAGCUUAUGUUUGAGGAAUCAAAGUUGCAAGACACCGAGUAAGAACAUGGUGCAACACUGCAACCUGUCUAUCACUCACAUCAAGAAACAGCGCUUACUGCAAAUUUGCAGUAAGCUCAAAGAGUGUGUGCUUGCUGCAAGUGGCUGCAAAUUUCUUCCGUAACAAAAUGUAAACAGCAUUUUGGAGUUCAUUGACAGGUAUUUGGGAAUGACUAGUAUUACUCCCUCCGUUUCACAAUCUUUGAUACACUUUCCUUUUUUGGCUGUUUCACAAUCAAUGACACACUUCCUUAUUUCCUUAUUCGGUAAACAAAUCUUUACCAAAACAGUGUCAAACAGUGCCAAACAGUGUUCAAACAGUGCCAAACAGUGUUCAAACAGUGCCAAACAGUGUACUCUACAGUAAAAUUUACCUCUCAGUAACAUGUUUUCCUUGAUUCUUGACAAGUCAAACUGUGUCAAAGAUUGUGAAACGGAGGGAGUAUUUCGCUAGGCGCAGGUCUUAACUUCGAGGGGUCACACCUGAUAUGGUAAAUAUGCUACCUAGGAAUUAGUAUCCUCUCUGAGUCUUGUACAUCAGGAAACAAUUUGAGAUGAUAAUUUUGUAUGUGCAACACUAGCUUAGUAGCUUUUAUACUUCGUACCAUUUACUCAUUGGAAAAAGGAGCAGAUGCUUUUGAACAAAUCUCUCACAUUUAUUUUGGUAUCUAAAUACAAAAAUUGUAAAGUUGGAGCCCUUAUGGUUAAAUUUUGAUUUAACUAAUCACAUUUAUGUACAAG